AAACCUUUAACAGUUUUAUUUAAACCAAGAGAUGGAUGAAGAUGAACGGCAGAGGAAACUAGAGGCUGGGAGAGCUAAGCUUGCUAGCUUCCGACAGAAGCGGGCGAAAGGCGACAGUGCGGGGGCGGCGAAAAAGACGCAGAAGAGGAAGGGCCAGACUGUCUCGCAGAAUGACAGCACAACGCAAGACCACCACGUAGAACCUGAACUUUCUUCAGCCAAUGACACGCAACUGAACAACAAGACCAACCAUGAGGAACCCCAGAAGCCAGAGAAAUCAGAGGUUCAACAGAACCAAUUACCUCUUCCUCAGAAGGAUCAGCCCCCAACCCCACAGCAAAGACUGUCCCCUGUGGCAGAUUUUAGAGAAGAGGAGUUAGGUGCACUCACUGGCAAAGAGCAGCUCAAGCAGCUCCAGCAGGCUGUGGAGAAGCGUAAUGAGAUAAUUGCAAGGCUCAGCUCCAAACUGCAGGAUGCCCUGGCCAGUAGAGACCAGGUACAGCUGGAGGCGCAGUCACUUGCUGGACAGAUUCAGGCACUACAGAGACAACUCCAGCAGACUAGUGUAGAGUUUCUACGCAUCAAAAGUCAGUCAGGAGCCGAAGUCCACAAUAAUCAACAACAACAGCAUCAACAUGGCCAUUGCUCCCAAGCUGCAGACAUCAGUCACAAGGAGGUACCAUCAGGGGAAUCAGGGAGUGCAGGACCUGGCUCAGAGUCAAGUGUUGAAGGCUUUAGCACUGACAGUGAGACAGACACUAUUCUGCGCAAACUGAGGGCUGAGCUUGAAGAGGAAAGGGAGAACAGUCAACGCAUAUGUGCUGAACUAGCGGAAGAGAUAGAGAAACACCAACAUGUGCUUUCUUUACUGGAGGAGGAGAAGAAAGGCAGGGAAGAAGAGGGAAAGGAAAGGGAGGCACAGCUGCAAGACCUCCAGACCAAGUUAAGCUUAGCUCAAACUCAGUGCCUUGAGAUGGAGCAGUACAAAGCAGAGAAGGAGAAGCUGAACACAGAAGUGCUGGAGCUGAGGAAAAUGCUUCAGGAUGAAGAAAACGUAGAGAGGAGAUUUAGUGAGGAGGUGGCCAGCUCUGCCUUUUGUCUCCAGAGCCUUGAGGAGGAAAGACGGAGGCAGGAGGAGGAGGUGCAGAGGCUGAAGGAGGAGCACAGAGAGGAGGUGGAGAGAGUCAGGCAGCUGUUGGUGGAGCGGGAGAAAGAACUGAAGUUUAGAGAGGAAGAGGUGAUAGGACUCAAAGCCUCUAAGAAUCGGCAGAACCAAGCUAAGGCUGGUUUUAGUUGUGAUGAAAGGUUUAAUAUAGAUGAAGACAAUCUGGACUGUGGACCUGAUCAGGACGCCAUGAAUGUGUCUGGGGAUGUUCUGAUGGAGCGUUACUUGUCUUCAGCUCCUCUUGCACACACUCAAUCUUCAGUGGUCAAUGAAAGCUUUGAUCGUUGCAGUCAGCUGGACAUCUCUGCAGACUACAGUUUUGAACUGAACAGUGAAGUAUUGGGCGAUGAGCCUCUAUUAUCGAUCUCAAACCGCUUCCCCGAAGAAAACGACAACCUCCACAACAGUUCUAGCCCACGCUGCUCCCCUGGCAUCCCUGUGGCUGAUAAUUCCAACCCCCAGCCUCUAUCUCAGUGGCUUCACAACUCCACUUCCAGCGAGGUGGAGAUGAGUAAACUAUCUGAACAGCAGUUUGAGGAGACAGACCUCGAAAAAGAACUGCUGAAUCAGCAGUGCGGGGAGCUCCGUGAGGAGCUGGCUGUCAAGGACAGGGACUUGGAUGUGUUAAGGGAGGAAGUUAUCAAGAGUGCUGAAGAGCUGGAGGAGGCCCGUAGCAGGUGGGCCCAAGUCACAGACGAGCUCAGGCAGGCUCUCUGGGAACUUGAAGAGGAGAAGGAAAAGAGGAGAGAUGUUGUGGAGGAGAUGAACUUGAAAGCCCAUGAACUAGACAACCUGAAGAACAAACUCAGUGCCUUAAUGGAAGAAAGAGGAAAAGAGAAUGCAGUGCUGCUGGUGGGAAAGGAAGCUGCUGAAACCUGCCUGCUGGUCCCGUCUCCCUCGCCGUCAGAGGAAGGAGAUAAACUGGUAGGGGAGCUCAAAAAUGAGAGUGAGAAGGAGGCUGCACUGCCAUCUCAUCAAACACAACAUGAGCUGCUGCUAUUGUCUCUGCAGGAGAUAAAGCAGGCUUCACAGUCUGCCAAACAGAGCCCAGAGCUGAGUGAUGACAACCAGCUGCAAACACUGCAGGCUCACUGUGAACUUCUCGUGUCGGAGCUUGAGGAGACAAAAAUGACGCAUAAAACCACGGCAGCCCUGCUAGGUCAAAGGACUAUGGAGCUGGAUGAAACACUAAAGGAGCUUAAAAUUACUCGUGCACAGGUCUUGAAUGUUCAAACAGAGGUGGAAAGAUUGCAGGAAGAGCUGGAGAAGAGCCAGAGCAGUCUGGACAGUGCUGAAAAAGAGAGGAAUGAACUGGAAUCUCAGGCUGUCUGUUUGAGACAAAACCUGGCCAACCUGGAGGAGGCCCAAGGCCAGGCAGUGCAGGAGAGGGAGGAGCACAGGAGAAAAGAAGAGGAGAUGGAUGAGCAGAUUAGAAAAAUGGAACAAGUCCUAGAGGAGGAACUGGAGCAGUUUGAGAACGUGCUAAAAGACAAGGAUUUUGAGUUGGCUGAAGAGAAGGAGAAAUGGGAGGAAGAGAGACAGGAGAAGGAGAAGGAGCUCCUUGAUGUGAGGCAUCACCUGGAGGAGCAGAGGAGGGAGAGGGAGGAGGAGGUGAAGGCUCUCCUGGAGAAGCAGGCCGUGGCUGUUGAGGAGGCUACAGAAAGGCUCGAGUCAUCUCACCAACAGGAGAUAAAAGACCUGAUGGAGAAACAACAACAAGAGGUUUCUGAGUUGAACACUCACCUGGAGUCAGAACUGCUGAAGCGGCAGGUCAUCUUGGAGGAAGAACAGAAGAGACAGAUCAGCCUAAUCAAACAGGUCACUGAACGGGAGCAUGAGAGGGUGGUUUCAGAGUUGACUGCGAAACACAGUGAGGAGCUUAUUCUGCUGAGGGAGAGCAUGGAGGCUGCCCACCAGGCUGAACUGCAGCAGGACCAGAUCCAGAGGAUCAGCGAGCUUGAAGCCUUGCGUGUGAGCCUGACCAGCGUCCACAUGUCCCAGCUGGAGCACUCCCAGGUAAACUUGCAGCAGGAGCAGGAGUCCGCUCUCACCAAGGUCCAGGCCUCCCUGAGGGAGACAUUUUCCCAGGAAAGUGCACUUCUGCAGGCCCGGCAUCAGUUCGAACUGGAUCAGAUCAGACAGCAGAACCACGAGCAGCAGGAGAGACUGCAUGAGCUGCACCGACAAGACAUGAACGAUUUGAAGCAGCAGUGGGAGACUUCUGUUGCUCAGCAGAGAGCUGCCAUGGAGGAAGAGCAUUCCAAAAAGAUACAGGCUCUAAGGUCACUGUGGGAUAAGGAAGCUGAGAGCACCCAGUCAAACCUUCGGACAGCUCUCUCAGAGACCCAGAACAGCCUUACUGCCGCCCAAAUAGAACUCUCCAGCACACAGGCCUCCCUAUCCCAGACCCAUAAAGCUCUUACUGAUGUCCAGGCCACUCUGUCCCAGACCCAUUCAGAGCUACAGGAGUCACAGGCUGAGCUGGAGGAACUCCAGACCUCCAGUAAGGAGCAGAGCCAGAAACUAGUGGAGGAGCUGAAACAAGCCCGGGCUGACAGAGAUGCUGCUGUCUGUGCUAAGGAGGAGUUGAUUUCCAGUCACAAGGCAGUGCUGCAGGAGAAAGAGCAGCAAGCACUCCAUCUAGAGGAGAAGGAACAGCAACUGCAGCAAGUGAUUUUGCAGCUACAGGAGGAGAAGACCCUGCUAAAACAGAGCUCAGAACAAGAAGUAGGUCAGCUGUGGACCCAGCUGGAAAGCAUGAGGACUAGUCGCCAAGAGUUGGGAGAGCUGAAGGAGCAGCUGCUCGCUCGCUCAUCUCGUGUUGACGACAUUGAGCGCCUAAAGGCAGAGUUUAAUGAUCAAAAGCGGGAAAUCAAAGAGCAGAAUGAGGCUGAGCUGGAAAGCCUGAGGAGGUAUUUUGAGCAGCGAUUGCGGGUAACAGAGGAGAACUACAGAGAGGAAAUUGCUCUGCUCCAGCUGAGGCUGGUGGAAGGUGCCUUGGAAGAAUCUGUGCUUAAAACUGCAGAUGAGAGUUUCAUAUCCCAAAGCCAAGCUGAAGAGGAAGAAGAUCACAUGCUUUCUGAUACUGACCUCAAACUUGAGAAACCCAAGGAAGUGCUUGACAGUUUGGGCCUUCAGCUGGAGGAGAAACACAUAUUGGAGCUUGCCAAUCUGCGAUCUUCUAUGGCUCUUUCCUUUAAGGAAGAGCUACAACAGGUACACUCUGACCUCACUGACCACUACUAUGAAGAGCUGCAGGAGAUGAAGACUCGCCAUGCACUGGAGCUGGAGCAACUCAAAGCCAAACUUUCUGACCGUCACUUACAAGAUCUUACCAAAGUUCAUUUGGAGGCCGCAAGGCAGGUUGAGGCUGAGGUGGAACAGAGGAUGUGGUGUCACACUGAGGAGCUGCAGAAAAGGGUGACCAUCAUCCACACUCUGGAAAACAGACUGGCUGCCUUGAGUAACCAACACGAUGCAGAAAUGCACAGAAACACACAAAGGGAGUUUGCUGGGGAGCUCAGUCCUCCUGAAGCUCUUAAACAGGAGAGGGAACAAGUGCAGGAUGAGAUGAAGAGGCUGAGAGAGGAGCUCCAAGAGAAGAAUGAAGCUGAGCUCUGUGCCCUGAAGUCAGACCUUGACAGAGACAUGGAGAAGGAGAGGAUACACCUUGAAAAGGAACUUCAUGAGGAGAAGGAGAAGUUGAAGUCUCUGCAGGCUGCACUGGACAACGAUGAGAGCCCACAGGUCCUAUUAGUGAAGCAGAGACUGGAGGCCCAGUAUGGCAGUGAGCUGCAAAGGGCAAAGAGCUGCAUGGCAACAGAAAUCAAGGAGCUUACUGCUGUCCUCCAGGAGCAGGGUGAGGAGCAGCUAUGCCAAGCUCAAGAGAGGUUCCAGAAGGAAAAAGCGAUGUUGGAGCAGAGUUUGGCCCAAAAAUAUGAAAUCUCCAUGGCGGAGCUAAAGAACAAACAUCAAACUGAACUGGAACAUGAGAGAGCAACACUACUGAACAAACACUCCCAAGAGAUGGACACGCUCAGUGCCAAACACAAAGCACAGCUAGAUUCACUCAGUGCCAGUCACAGGGAUCAGCUUGCAGCUAUGACCGUUGAGCUUGAAUCCAAACACAACGCUGAGCUUGUUGCCUUGGAAGCGGCCCUGAAUUCCAAACAAAAGGCAGACCUUGAAAGUCUGGAGGUCGUCUUUCAGGAGACCAAUCAGGCUCAACUGGAAGCUUUGGAAGCCGAGUUAGCUCGCAAGCACCAGGAAGACCGGGAUGAACUGGAAAAGAGGAUGCUGGGUAAUAUGGAUACUCUGGAGGCCACAUACCUGAAGGAAGUGCAAACACUGCGUGAUGAAAUGGUGCAACUUGAAGAGAGGCAUCGUCAAGACCUGAGUCGCCAGAAGUCUGAGCAUAAGCAGAAUAUAGAGCGCUACACCGCAGAGCAGCUGUCCAUCAGGGAGGAUCUGAGGAAAGAGCUGGCUCAGGUGCACAUAGAGAAGUUUAGUGCCAUGGCAGCAGAGCUCAGCCACGUUCACAAGACUGAGCUGGCUGCUCAAAAAGAGGCCUUAGAUACUGAACACUGCAGAGCACUGGAGACCCUGAAGAAGCAGGUGUUAGAACUAGAGCAACAACACAGUGCUGCUCUUCAGGAGCUCUCACAUACCUACACUGCUGAACAAGAGCAACUCAUUGAACAGCACCAACUCCAGCUACAGGAGUUGAGGGGUGUCUCUGCACGAGAAUUGGAGGCGUGUCGCAGGGAGCUUGAGGAGGAGUCAUCAAGGCAACGUCAGCACUUCCUAGAAGAGGUGGAGCUCCUCAAAGUCCAAUCAGAGGAGAGACUGCAGGACAAGAUUAAUCAACAGAAGACGGAGUUUGAAGAGCAGAAGCGGGCGGAGCUUGAGGAGUUGAGGCGGAGCUUCACAUCUGAACAGGAGGAGACGGAGCGGAGCUACACUGGAAAAAUGAGCCAGCUCACUGCCCAGCUUCAGCAGCUAGACGCUGUGGUGGCCCAGCUGCAAGCAGAGGUUGGAUGUCUGCAGGGAGAGUUGAAGGGGAAGCGUGCAGAGAUGGAGACUUUGGACACUCUCCUCCAACGAAGGGAGCGAGAGAGUCAGGAGGGAGGCAACCUUCUAAAGAUGCUCACUGAUGACUUAAACAUGGCUAAAGAUGAAAAACGUAAACUUGACCAGGCCAAUGAAAAGCUGAGGAAGGUGUUGAUUGAGAUGGUUCGCAGCACCAUUGCAACCGAGGAGCUGAUUGGACAAAAGAUCAGUGCCAGAGCCAAAACAUCUGAGCAGGCUACACUGCAGAGGAGCUCACCAGGGAACAAAGAUACACAAGAAUCAGGUAUUUCAGUGGCAGACUUUUCUUCAGAUGACCUGGAGCUGACCCAUCUGCUCUGUGAGAGCCUGCUGGUUUCAGAGACUCAGAUCAAUCCUGGGGGAGAAGAAGCAGCUCUGAGUGCCUGCAGCAGACUGCGUCAAACUGUUGACACACUGCUUGAGCUGCUCAGCCAAGCCAACACACAGCUGGAGCAGACUCAUGAUGUCCACCUUUCUCUGGAGAGAAAGUUCUCUCAGGGCAAAGAAGACUCCGCCCAUCUCCUUGAGCAGCACAAGCUUCUAUUGGAGCAGCUCGAUCAGGAGGCAAAGCUGAAGAGUCGGCUCCAGCUGGAGCUCCACAAGGCAGAGGGCCUUCUGGAUGGCUAUGUGGCUGAGAAGGCUGUCCUAGAGGAGUCCCUACAGCAGAAGGAGGCACAAGAGGAGAGGCUAGUGGAGGAGCUGGAGAACCUGAGGGUGAAGCUGCACCAGAUGCAGGGACUUACCACAGAGCUGGAGAGCCUCAGACUGAAGCAUCAGGAGCUCAGUGAGGAGCACACACUUCUCCUGCGUCAGAAGGAGCAUCUCUCCUCUGGCCUCGGAGAGAGGGAGAAGGCUCUCCUGGAAGAGACUGAGCGUUUGGCCCAGGAUAGGCUGGACUUGCAGCGGCAGGCAGAGAAGGACCACAGCUCUCUGUCCCUGCGCCUCAGGGCCCUGGAGAGAGAGCUAGACGAGCAGGAAACAAAAGGCCUGGAGACAGAGCAGCACCACAAGACCAACACUGAAGACCUCAACCAGCAGAUCCAAGCCCUAGAGAAACAGCUGAAACACAACAGGCAGUUUAUAGAAGAGCAGGCUGUGGAGCGUGAACACGAGAGAGACGAGUUCCAGCAGGAGAUCCGAAGGCUGGAGGCGCAACUCAGACAGACAGCCAGUGUGGACAACAAAGGACACAGGUUUGAGGACUUGGUACUGCAGGUGGAGAGUCUACAAACUAUCAUCAAAGACAAGACAGAGGACCAUUCCUGCUUGCUGGCAGCCAAUCAGCAAGCCAAGCGCGACCUCGCAGAAUGCAAUGAGGAGAUAGACAAGCUAGCCGGACGAAUCAGGGAGCUCGAGCAAGCACUGCUCAACAGCGCUGAGAGUAAUCGAUCUCUCAGUCAACUGGAACAAGAGCUCCACAGAGCAAAGUUGAGAGAGCAGGAGCUCACACAAGAUAAGCAGGCACUGGAGCAGCAGCAGCUGACUAACAGGCUCCAGAUCUCCGCCCUGCAGUCCAAACUGGAUGAGACAAGGCACUGUUAUCAUGACAACGUGCGUGACCCCACUCAGGAGCUUAGGGAUGCCCUGGAUACUGCUCAGCAGAGCCUACACAGCAAAGAGCAAGAGGUCGAAAUCCUACAUGGCCAAUUGGACAAUGUGCAGAGGGACUUGAGUAUCAAAGAGGUUGAACUAAAACACCUCACACUUCAGCUGGAGCUACUGACCAAUCAGAAUUCAACUCAUGUUAACGAGCUCCAAGACCAAAUUGCUGCCCUGAAGGAGAAUGUGGCAGCUCUCACCAUACUCAAGGAGGACAAAGAGGAGCAAAGUGAGGUGGAGGAUCCAGAGGAUGAGACCCUCCCCUCAGCAUUACUCCAGGAGAAAAAUCAGGAGAUCGACCACCUCAACAAUGAGAUCCAAAGACUGGAACACGAGUUGGAGAACACCAAGGACAACAAGGUUUUGGAGGCUGAGCUUGAGGAUGUACGCUCACAGGUGGAACACCUUCAGUCUGAAAUCAUGAGAGUGCGUGAGGACAAACAAGAAGAAGAGGAGCGCCUUCAUGAGGUCAUCAGCACACUGCAGGCAGAACUCGCCACAUUAGGCCCCAACCUGCAUGAAGUGAGCGACUCUCAGGAUGGCGACAGCAUCAAUCCCUCGCCAGCUCCCAGCCCCGAACCUCAUCACUAUACCAUCCAGGAACAAGAGAGGGGGGGAGGACCGAACAGCCUGAAGCAAGAGCUCAGUUUGACGCAUUCCGCCGCAUCUCGUUCCCUUCGAUCACAUCUCAAGGCCCUUCAGAGUCAGCUGGAGAUCGCGGUGGCAGAGAAAGAAGGACUAGAGCGAUUACUGCUCACCCAGGAGGAAGAGUACAGAGGUCACGGGGAGGAGUUUGGAAAGAGACUAAAAGCUGAGAGGGAGAGGGCGGAUGAACUCCAAGGUCUCCUCAUCAACAAAGAAACUGAGCUGGAGGAGGUCAACGCACAGAUAGAAGAUGAGAGGGAGAAGAGGAAACUAUCUGAAGAGGAGAGGGACAGUUGCAAAGUUCAAGCUGAAGAGAUGAGCACCCUGCAUGAGAAGAACACCCACCUCAGCUCUCUGAUUAUGGAACUCCAAAAGAAAGAACAGGAGAGCGUGAGCGAGAUCCAGAGUCUAAGAACAAAGGAGCAGGAGAUGAAAAUGGAAAUGGAAGUACUCAGAGAAACCAGUCUCACUCUUGAGAGACAAGUCCAGGAGGUGAGAGCUGAGGUGGCAGACAUGGAGGAGCUGGUUGCUGAGGAAAGGACAAAGAUUAAAACCCUUGAGACUGUGAAGGGAGAGCUCUCUGCUGAACGUGAGGCGCUAAGGAGGAGGGAGGGGAAGCUCCAGGAGGAAAUUGAAAGGCUCAGGCAGGAAGUGAUAUCAAUGAGAGCCUGUAUCCAGGACCUGACGAUUCAGCUCAAUGAGAGGGAAAGCAAUCAAGAAGAGGCUCAAAAGGAAGUGCUGACCCAUGCUGAGGCGACCCUGGCUAAAGCAGAUGCUGCCUUGAGACAUAAGGAGGCUGAGCUUGUCAUACUGAGGGCAGAGCACCAGGGUUUAAGGGCGGAGCUGACUGCCGUGAAACAGGGUCUGACUACCAGUACAGAAAGAGCUGAGAAACUACACGAGGAAGGACAGACCAAAGACCGAGCCCUAGUUAACCUGGAGACUGAUAACCAGCGGCUGAAGGCGGAACUUCGAGGUCUACAAGAAGACCUGGCAGUGCAGGAAGAGGAACUGGCAUACCAGCAAAGAGAACUACAGCAACUCAGACAACACUGUCACCAACAGGACACACAUACUCACCAACACGGAAACCCACAGAAAGAUAUUUCUCACAGAGCUUUUGAAGACGUUGUGAGUGUCUCUCGUGAUGAAGCCUCUCUGAGCUCUCCAGAGGUUUUAAGGAGACUCGAAUGCUCCGAAGACAGAAUUGCAGAGCACUUCCACACCUCUGUUCUCGGCUCCCGUCUGUCGGAGAUCAGCGCUCUGAACAGCACAGGCCUGGACUUCGCCAACGUCAAGACCUCUCCCAGGGUUGUGAUGGAGCCUCCACACUCCAGGACCAUCACCCCAGAUCCAGCCACACAGAGUACCCACUCCCCACGCUCUGUGUCGGUUUCUGACAACUUCUCCAUGCUCGACUCACUGGACACUGAUAAAGUGCGUGAGUUGGAAGGACUUGACCUAACCGCACCUUCAUCUCCUCUUGGCUCCACCUCCUCCUUGUCAGCACCAGAAUGGGCCAGUGAUGGAUAUGGCAGCAAUGUGAGUUCAGAAUUGGGUGCGAGGCUGAGAGUGGAGCUAGAACAGACUGAAAGGCUGGAUGCUCAGUUUGUUGAGUAUCUCCGCUGCCGAGGAAUUAACCCCACUGUUAACACGGAUAGUGCUGCAGGCAGUAUGAGCUACAGCGAUGACCUGUUGUCGCCUGAGCUUCAGGGUCUGUUGAAGAAAGUGUAUCAAGAAAGCUGCCGAAUUCUCACUUUGUCCCAACGUCGUGCCACUUCCUCAACCCAGCCUCAUGUCUCAGACUUAAAAGCCUUCUCACUGAGUCAGACACAGCAUCAUUAUGACGAUGGCUCCACCCUACUGGACCACCAGGACAAAUCAUCCUCCAACCCUCCAAUGAGCUGGCAGCAGGAGAAGAGGGCACUGCAGGAGACUGUGAUUGCUCUCAGAGAGCUGCUCUGUCGAAUGGCCCAGAGACACGCACAGACUGACUCCAGAGUUGAUGAUGACCGGCACAGAGAUCAUCUCUGUGGACAAGUUGAAUCCCAGCUGAAGACAGAGCUGGAGGAGAACCAGAAACAACUGAAAAGUGCUCACGACACUCAACAAGAGCAAAAGAACAAAAUACAGUCACUCAGGCUGGCUCUAGAAGAGGGUGAGGAAGCUUUGAGGAAGGAGCAAACCAGAGUCCGGGAGUUUCAGCAACAACUGGAGCAGGAGAGAGCUCUGAGCCUUCGCAAGGACAGAGAGGAGGAGGAAAGGAGAGGGGCUCUGCACGUAUCUUCUGAGAAGCAGAGGUCAGAGGUCAUGGCUCUGAAGGGUCAGGUGGAGCAGGAGAAAGUGGCCUGCAGCAACCUCAGACGGGAGCUUCAGAUUGAACAGUCCCGCAGUGUGCUGCUGGAGAAACGCCUAGACGACACCCAGAAGGAGCUAGACAAUGAACGCCAACUUUCUGCUCACCAGCAAGAGGUCAGCUCGCAAGAAAAGACUCGUCUUGAGCGCCUCCUGGCUGAAGCAGAGUCUCGCUCAGCAGAAAGUCACUCUAAGCUCACAGAUGCUCACAGGAAGCUGGAUGAAGAGAGAGACUGUUGCUCCAGACAGGUGGAUGAACUCAGCCGCAGACAUGAGGUGGAUGCAAACAGAGACAAGAAGUUUAUCUCUGACAUGCGCGCCCAGCUAGAGCAGGAGCGAAAGCAGGCGGCGGAGCUGGCUGCUGUGAUGGACAAACUGAGGGCUGAGCUACUGCAAAGCAAAAGGAAGUGGGAAGAGGAGGACAGAUCAAGGAGAGAGGACCUGCUGAGGGAGCAGGAGGCCGCCACCCGGCAUCGUGUAGCUAUGGAGACCUUGAAGGAGCAGAAACAGGAUGCCAGUUGUGCUUUAGAGGUGGAGCGAGAGCGGUCCAGGCGCCAAGGGGAUGAACUGGCUGAGCUAAAGGAGACACUGCGACUGCUGAAAGACAAAGAGAGGGAAAGGGAUGAGCAGUGGGAGCGGGAGAGGAGGAAGGGGAGGCAAGAGCAGGUGGAGAGGGAGAGACGACAAGAGAGGACCAACAACAAACUGUGUGAGUUGGAGAUGUUGAGGCAACAGGACCAGCAUCGCAUGCAGGAGCUGCAGCGCACUCUGGCAGAACUGGAAAGAGAGGAGAGAGAGAUGGCGGCUCAGAGGCUGUCUGGACGAACCACAGGGCAGCAAUACACUGCACCUUCACUGCAUCUGCAAAGCAACUUCCAGGCAGGCAGCACACAACAGAACCAGCAGACGCCGUCCAUGCCGUCAUCACCCAAUCUGCUGGAAAGGUUGUUGAAGGAGAACUCGGAGCUGACGGAGCGUGUGACAUCACUGAGUCAGGAGAGAGCCACCCUCAAACAUAGACUCGCCUACCUGGAGCGUCAACUGCGGCGUGCAGAGAAUGAGCUCGCCAAGGUCACCACAGAAACCGAAAACAGACCCAUCAGCGAUGUGACCAGCAACAGCAAGGUGCAGCGUUUGUAUGAGCGCUACCUGCGUGCUGAGAGCUUCCGGAAAGCUCUGGUGUACCAGAAACGUUACCUGCUGCUGCUGUUGGGAGGCUUCCAGGAAUGUGAGCAAGCUACACUGUGUCUCAUUGCCAAUAUGGGAGCACGGCCCUCUCCCCCACUCUCCUCCCAGCGCAGACCCCUCGGACGAUUUAGGGCAGCUGUACGAGUUGUCAUCGCAGUCUCAAGAAUGAGGUUCCUGACCAGGAAAUGGCAAAGAGCGAUCAGAAGAUUGUCUGUGUCAGGGACUGUCAAUGGACACGCUCCAGGGCCUAAAGUUGAAGUUUUAAAGCAACAACAGCCAAGAGUAAAUUCUGACUCGCCACCAAACAGAGACAGCAGCGCCGUCCACAGAGACACAGUGUCAGCCCUCGUCCCACCCACCAAAUCACCCUUCAGGUUGCACAACAGGUUGUACUCCAGCACCGGUCUGGCCUCGGGGCAUUCAGGAGGAACGUCUCAGGAUCCAGAGCGAUCGCUGACAGAAUAUAUCCACCAUCUAGAGAAAGUCCAGCAGCGGUUGGUGGGAGCCAGGCAAGGUUCAUCUGUUCUCCAUCCUGAGCCGAAAUAGUGCGACCACUGAGAGAAUGCAUGUCUCCUUUCUGCAUAUUGUUUCAAAACUGUGCAUGCCUUAGAAAGGAAUAUAUCUCACGUUUAGAAUUAUAUGAUAACGUGUUUUUUAUAAGAGCAUAAAUUAUUUUUCAAAUUUUCUAUUGUAAGUUUUCUAUUCUCUGUACUUCGGUAUUUUGAAGGUCAUUCUUGGAUUGUUGCAAGAACAAAUGUUUUUCAUUAUUUUAAAUAGGUCUGUUUGUUAUUUUUCUACUAAUGUUUUAUAUCCAUCUGUGCUACUGUGUAUAUAAAUAGGACUGAUGUUCUUUGUACAUGUGUCCAAAUUUGCACUGAUUUUAUAAUGCCAAUUCAUGAUCACUAUAGCUAGAGAGUGUGUUGUUGCAUAAAUGUAAACCAUGUGUUUUUGUAUUAUCUAUGUUUCUACCAUAAAGUUGAUAAAUAUUUUAAA